UGUCACUCUUCACUGGAUCAGAAGGUCAUUAUUUCUUCUGAAACGGAUGUCUUUUCCCCUGAGAUUCCAAAGUUGAAAACAAAAUAAAUCAUAAAGAGCUUUGGGCUGCACAGGACUGAAAGCCCAUCAGGAUGGCGACAGAGGAGGAUGGGGCUGGGAGAGUCCGACAGCUGCAGGAGCAGCGGAUGGGAGUUCAAAAGAAAACGUUCACCAAGUGGAUGAACAGUGUCUUCCACAAGAAUGGGGAGAAAUUGGAGCUGACUGACGUCUAUACUGAACUUAAAACCGGAGAAGUUCUGAUCCGUCUGCUGGAGUUCAUCGCCAACGAGAAGUUGCCAUCGCGGAGCCGAGGCAAGAUGAGAGUCCACUUUCUGGAGAACAACAGCAUUGCCAUCAAUUUCCUCAAAACCAAAAUUCGGGUGGAUUUAAUUGGUCCAGAAAAUGUGGUGGAUGGGGAUCGUACACUGAUCCUGGGGCUGCUGUGGAUCAUCAUCCUCAGGUUUCAGAUUGGACAUAUUAACCUGGAAGAGGGGAACAGCGUAGCUCAUCGCUCAGCCAAGGAGGCUCUGCUGAUCUGGUGUCAGAGGAAAACAUCAGGCUACAAUGGUGUUGACGUGCAGGACUUUUCCUCCAGCUGGAGGGAUGGACUUGCCUUCAAUGCUCUUAUCCACGCCCACCGACCUGACCUUUUUGACUACCACCGUUUCCAUGGUGAUAACCCCCAGCGUAAUCUGGAGCAUGCGUUCACUCUGGCAGAGCGGGAGUUCAGUAUCAUGCAGCUUCUGGAGGUGGAUGACAUCAUGGUCGCUCAUCCUGAUGAAAAGUCCAUCAUGACCUACGUGUCUCUGUACUACCACUACUUUUCCAGGAUGAAGCAGGGGCAGACCAUCCAGAAGAGACUUGCCAGGAUUGUUGGGAUGCUCAUGGAGCUGGAUGGCAUGAAGAUCCAGUAUGAAAGAAUGGUCUCAGAUCUGCUUCGCUGGAUCAAAACUAAGAUGGUGCAGCUGAAUGACAGAAGAUUCCCAAACUCUUUGAGGGAGAUGCAGAAACUGAUGAGCGCUUUUAAGACCUACAGAACUGUGGAGAAACCUCCCAAAUACCAGGAGCGUGGGGCAAUUGAGGCCCACUUGUUCAGUCUGAGGACUCAACUGGCAGCCAACAACCAAUGGGCUUAUAAUCCUCCCGAAGGUAAAACUCUGAAUGACAUCGAGAAGAGCUGGGCUAUGCUGGAGAGGGCGGAACAUGAACGAGAGCGAGCCCUACAGGAAACGCUGCUACGCCUGGAAAGCCUGGAGCAACUUGCACAGAAGUUUGCCAGGAAGGCAGCUCUGAGGGAGGGCUAUCUUGAGGACACACUGCGUCUGAUCCGGAGGCAGGACAUCCGAGGUCUGUCCACACUGGAGGAGGCUCAGGCAGCUGGCCGGCGUCUGGAGGCCUUGGCUACCGAUGCACUGGCCAGGGAGCCACGCUUCACGGCCCUCAGAGACAUGGCAAAAUCCAUCGAGAAAGGAAACUACCACAGCAAGGAGCAGGUCAUUGGGAGGGAGGAGAACAUUAGCCAUCGAUGGAAGGACCUGCUGCAGCAGCUCCAAGAACAGAGGAUGCUUUUGGGAAAUGUAGUUGAAACUCUGAGCAUCCUGCGGGACAUUGAGCUUGUCUCCCAGGAACUGAAAGAACUACAAUCCCAAGCCAGUUCCUCUGAACUGGGGAAGCAGCUGACGGAGGUGGAGUCUCUUCUUCAGAAACAAGAUCUCCUGGAAGCUCAGAUCUCAACUCAUGGUGAAACCAUCACUGCAAUCAGUAGCAGAGCUCUGAAGGCAAAAGUAAGGGAUGGGCAGCAGAUUCAGAGCAGAGUGAGAGCUCUUGACACUCAGUACAAAUCGCUGGUGUCUCUCAGCAGCAGCAGGAGGAGGCAGUUGGAGGCUCAGUUGAGGUUGUUUGAGUUCCUCUAUGACUGUGAGGAGUUGGAGGCCUGGAUCUAUGAGCGCUGGUUAAAGCUGCAGACGGCUGGACUUGGAAGAGACCUCAACCACAUCCAGGUGGCCGAACACAAGCACAAGGUGCUGGAGGCAGAGGUCCAGGCCCAGGAGUCUUUGUAUAAAGGUGUCCUGGGUCGAGGUCAGGAUCUGCUCUCCAAACAGAGUCAGGAGAAUCAGCAAGCUGUUCAGAAGUGGAUCAGGACUCUCAAGAAGCAGUGGAGCCACCUGACUGACGAGGUGACGGGACACCGCGACAGACUGCAGGCUGCCGCUACCAUAAAGCAGUAUUUUGCAGAUGUGGAGGAGGCUAACUCCUGGCUAGGUGACAGGAAGCCACUGCUGAUAAGCGAGGAUCAUGGGAAGGACGAUUCCAGCACAGCAUUGCUUCUUCAGCGCCACCUUCGUUUGGAGAAGGAGAUGGCAGCGUAUGCCUCAGAGAUAAAGAGACUGUCAGAACAGUCAAAAACUGCAGCACAGCUGACGGCGCUGACUGCACAGCAGGCAGAGCCUCAGCAAGGCAAGAUGAUCCAAUAUAGCGAUUCCUCUGGGGAAGAGGAGAAGGAGUGGCAAGGAGCACGAACCUCACUAUCCAGUACCAGAGGUGGGAAGGGCCCUGUAAGCAUCCCCCCUCAGAAAGAGGAAAUCAAGGCCAAAGUCCGCUUCAGAUACAGCAGAGGUCAGUUUCCGUGGGACCGCAAUGAGAUUGUGACCAUCGUCAGCAGUGAGCCGGAUGGAGACAGAGUUGUGGCCAGAGACAGUGGAGGAAACCAGCAGUCCAUUCCCAAAACCUACCUGAAUAUGCUGCCAUCCAGUGUUCCUCCACCCACUCCACCUGCCUCAGCCAAUGAUAUGCCAGAAAGCUCAAGCAAGAAACUGAGUCGUCCAAGGCGAAAACGCUCUAUGCGUCGCGGCACAGCUGAGAUCCAAACCACAUUACUGCCAGACCCCGAGUACCAGAGAGAUACUGUGGAGAGCACACAGGGCAGGUUGGACCAAGAGUACAAUUUCUUGUACAACCUGGUGAAGACAAAGACAAAGAGCCUGGAGGAGAUACUGCGUCUUCAUCGAUUUUACAACAGCUGCCAUGAGUUUGAGUCAUGGAUGGAGGAUAAGGAGAACAUCCUCAACACCUUCAGCACUGAUGGUGACAAUCUAGCAGUGGUUCAGGCCAAAUAUGAGAACUUUCUGACUGAGUUAGCGAGCGGACGAGGUCAGCUGGACGAUAUCAUCAAAAUGGCAGACGAGCUGGUGAAGAGCCAGCACAGUAAACAGAAAGAAAUCCAAUCCAGAAAGAGGAGUGUUUCCAAAAGGUGGGAUCGGAUUCAGCAGCUGAAGGAUGACAAAGGAAAGGAGCUGCUGAGUACGGCAGAUGUGCAGUCCUUCCUGCAUAGCUGCGAGGAGGCUAAAGCUCAGCUGCAGGGUGAGCUGUCCCAGCUUGACGAAGUGGACGUGGGCUGCACCCCCUUCACUCUGCUUGCUGAGGAGAAGAACCAGAUUCGGGCCCUUAGAGACAUCAAGAUGCUUGAGGGGAAGAUUGCUUACCUGAAGAGCGUUGCAAAGAUGAAGCAGGACUGCAGUCCGGCAGAGAGUGCGGCCAUUAUGGAGGAGGUUCGAGGUUUGGAGGCUCUGCUGGAUCAGGUGAAAUGUCAAGCAUCAGACAGACAGCACCAACUGGAGGAGGCCCGCAGGCUGCAAAGUUUCCAGCAGGAGGCCAAGGAGCUAGAGCGCUGGGGGGGUUCAGUUCAGGAACGGCUCCUGCAGGAGGAGACAGCGAGCGAUGUGGCCUCGGCUGUCACGCUGCUGGAGCAACACCAGGAGCUGCAACUAGAAAUGGAGACACAGAGGAGCAGGCUGAAGGAGAUGGAGAACUUAGGGAAAUCUCUGCUGCAGGGAUCAUCCAAUGGGAAAAUAGGCGGUGUUGACAUCCAACAAAUCCUUGAUAAUCUCAGUGCUGAAAGGAGUAGGCUGGAGACGCUGUGGGCUAGUAGAAAGAAGCAUUUGGAGCAGGGUGUGGAGCUCCAGAGGCUGAACCAAGAGGGAGACCGGAUUGAAGCAGCAUUGUCUGGACAUGAAGCCCGACUAAAAGUCCAAGAUCUUGGGGACUCGGUAGACAGUGUGCACAGUCUACUGGGGCGACAAGAUGAACUUGAAAGUCUUCUUAUGGCUUUGGAUCAAAGAGUGGAUAAAUUCGCUGAGCGCAGCAAGGAGCUUAUCGACCAGCAGCACUUUGCUUCAAUACACAUUAAGGAACGGAGCAGGAGCAUCCAAAAAGCCAACAGGAGGCUGAAAGAGAGCUGCAGGAAGAGGAGGAACCUACUGCUGGACUCCAAGAAAUACCAAGAGUUCCAAAGAGAUGCGGAUGAGCUGCUGUUGUGGAUGGAGGAGAAGUUUAAGGUGGCAGAAGACGAGUCCUACCGAGACCCCACAAACAUCCUCUGGAAGCUGAAGAAACAUGAAGCGGCUGAGAAGGAGAUGCAGGCCAACCAAGUCUGGUUGGAUAGACUUGUUCAGCUGGGAGAGGAGAUGAUUGCUGAAGAGCACUACAACAGUCAGAGCAUCAGCAGGAAGUCUUCUCAGCUCACGAGUCGGUGGAAAAGACUACAAGACAAGAUGGCUGACAGGGGGGACAGGCUGAGACAGGCGGGGCAGCAGGAGCAGCUGAUGGAGCUUUUGCAGGAUGCCAAGCUGAAGAUUGAGGCCAUCCAGUGGAUGCUAAACAAUGCUGCCAAAGGUCACGACCUGCGCUCCAGUCGACAGUUGCUGAAGGAGCAUCAGCAGCUGGAGCAGGAGGCCAAGGAACUGGCAGAGAAGAUCAACUCUAUUGUGAGCAGGGCCAAACACCUCGCUUCCAACCACUUUGACUCUCAAAGGAUCCUCCAGGAGACAGACGCCUAUCUCACUUUAUUCAAGUCCCUGCAGAAACCUCUGGACGAGCGUCGAGCACAACUGGAGGCAUCUGUGUCGUUGUUUGGAUUUUAUCAUGAUGUGGAUCUUGAGCUCAACUGGAUCUCUGAGCAUGUUCCUGCCUCUGGAUCUACAGGAUAUGACAAAUCUCUGGCUGGGGCCCUCAGCCUCAUGCAGAAACACAAGGAGCUGCAGGCCGAAGUGAAUGCACAUAGAAAACACCUGAACCACAUUCUGAAGAAAGGGCGCAGCCUAGCCAAAUCCAACAAGUCAGAAAGAGAGGCGGUGCUGCAGAGGUGCGACCACCUCAAUACAGAGUGGGAGGAGCUUGAGGAUGCCUGCAAAAAGAGAGCAGCUCACCUCAGCAAGGCUAUUACCAGAGAACAGCUGCUGUUGGACUGCUCAGAGCUGGAGUCCAGACUCGCAGAGAUGCUCAGUCUGGUGAACAUCGACGACUAUGGCAAAAACCAGCUGGCCACACAAAGCCUCAUUACUAAACACCAGGUGCUGGAAGGACAACUGGAGGUGUUGGAAGCUGAAGUAGAGGCAUUAGGAGACCAGGUAGAGCAGGCCAUUCAGAACUGGAGCCUGGAGGAGCUCAGCAGACCCUACAGUCGAAUCAGCAGCCUGAACCAGCAGCUGCAGCACCAGGCUGGACUCAGGGGUCAGAAGCUGAAGGAGGUCCUUCAGCUCCAUGAAUUCAGGCGAGAGUCUUCAGAGCUGGAGGACUGGAUGAACCAGCAGAGACAAACAGCUGAGUCUCAGGACCUGGGCAAUGAUUAUCAGCAUGUUCAGUUGGUUCGAGGGAAGUUUGAAGGCUUCCUGAAGAAGCUGGAGGUUGGCGAGGAGAGACUACAGAACUGCAGAAACCUGGCUGUUCAGCUGAUCCACAACAAACACCCACAGAGCUCUGCAAUCAAAGACACUCUGCAGCAGCUUAGUGCAUCCUGGGAAGAUUUGAAAAGCUUGGCCAAGGAGCGUCAGGAUCAGCUACAGAAAGCUGAGGAAUGUCACCGCUUUUACCAAGACCUGAGUGAUGCGCUAACUCUCAUCCAGGAGCGACACAAAAGCAUCCCUGACGAUGUGGCAAAGGAUUUGCAUGGAGUGACGUCACAGCUGAGGAAACAUGAGGCCCUGCUCCUUGAGCUUGCCACCACAGAGGAACAGUUUCAAGAGCAGCUGGACUCUGUUGACUCUGUCCUGGAGCUUUGCACGCCCGAACUGAGUGUUCGCCUACAGAAAGUGCAGGACGAGGUGGUGGAACGGUGGGAGGAGCUGCGACUUCUUGCUGAGAAGAGAGAAGAGGAGCUCAAGCGGGCUUCCCAGCGAUAUCAAUUCCUUAGCAUGGUGCAAGACUACUUCCUGUGGUGCAGCCAGCUGAUCAGUGCAAUGGCAGUUGAGGAAAGCAUCAGUGAUGUGGCUACCGCUGACCUCCAGCUGGCUCAACAUCAGCAGUUAUGGGCUGAGAUGGAGGCAAGACAGGAGACCUACCAGCAAGCUCUGGACAUGGGAGAAGAGCUGCAGACACAGGACAAAAGCAAUCAGAAGGAGGUGUUGGAGAAGAUGGACGCUCUCCAGUCAGAGAGAGAAAAACUGGAGGAGAACUGGAAGAAGAAACAGAGCUGGUUAGAAACUGUUCACCUGGAGCAGAUCUUCUACAGAGACGUCAACAGCAUGGAGAAGAUGUCCAACUCACAGGAGAUCCUGCUGAAGAACAGCACUCUGGGAAAUACUGUGGAUGAGACAGAAGGUUUGAUCAAACGCCAUGAAGCUUUUGAGAAGCUGCUCAGCUCGCAGGAGGACAAGCUGUCAUCUCUGAAGGAGUUGGCUGAACGUCUGAGGAAACAGCUGAGCAAAAAGAAGAGCGGACAAGUCAAAACCAGACUUAAAGCUCUCCUCCAGAGACGAGAGAAAAUUAAAGAGCUUUCUGCCAAACGUGGGGAAGAGCUGGAGCUUUCCAGGCGUCUGUGCAUUUUCAACCGAGAUGUCGCAGAGGCAGAGGAGUGGGUGUCUGAGCGGAUGCAGAAGAUGGCAGAGGACAGUAAAGCUGACCUCAGCAACCUGCAAACCAAGAUGAAACUCCUGCAGAAACAUCAGGUGUUUGAGGCUGAAAUCCUGUCUCACCAUGAGAUCAUCAGUAAUGUACUUUUGGCUGGGGAAGAACUUGUAUCUCUUCACCUGAGGUCCAAAGAGGUAAAGAAGAGUGCAGCCACACUCGAGCUUCACUGGGAAGAGCUGAAGAAGGCUGUGGCCAUCCGUGGCAAAGCUCUGGAAGAUAACAGAGCCUUCCUGGAGUACCUCCAGAAGGUGGAGGAGGUGGAGGCCUGGAUCAGACAAAAGGAGGUUAUGAUUAAUGUUGGAGAUGUUGGAAAGGACUAUGAACAUGGAGUCCAGCUGCUGAAGAAGCUCAGUGAGUUCAGGGGAAGUGAAGAUAAGGACGUGACAGUGGAUGAUGCUCAUAUCAAAGCCAUCAACAAACUGGCAGCCAAACUAGAAAAAAGACAGAGUGCUGAGGAACUGGUGACUGUGACAAAGAGGAGGCAGCAGCUCAAUGAAAGGUGGAGCAAAUUUCACGUUGAUCUGAAUAAUUACAAGAACCAGCUCGAAGAAGCUCUGGUGGUCCACAGUCUCAUCAGAGAACUGGAGGAGGUCAGAGACAGAGCUAAUGAAAAGAUGCUGCUGCUGCAGGAUCAGGAUUGUGGCUGCGAUGUGGACAGUGUAGAAAACCUGAUUAGACGCCACGAGGAAAUAGAGAGAGAGGCUGGAGUUAUCCAAGAUAGAGCAAAGUCUCUGGAAGAAGGCUUGUUGGGUGAUGUGAGUGCUCAGUCAGUGAUGAGCGACAAGCUGAAGACCAAACAGAAAGAAGUCCAGAAGACUCUGAAAACUUUGGACAAGGAACUCAAACACAGAAAAGAAAAGCUGCAGGAGGCUCACCAGUUGCAGCUUUUCAAGGCUAACCAGCGCCUCCUGCUGGAGUGGAGUCUCAAACAAAGCAGUGAGAUGGCAGAAAAGGGACUUCCCAAGACCAGAACAGAGGCUGACCGGCUCAUUGUGGAGCAUCAGGACUGGAGGACGGAGAUUGACGCUCGUGCUGAACGCAUCGACUCUGUCAGGGACUUUGGUCUGGGUCUCAUCCGGUCUGGUCACAGCUCUAAGUCAGAGAUCCAAAAGGCUUUGAACCAGCUAGAGGAAGCUAAAGCUGGACUGGACCGAGCCUGGUUGAACCGUAACAUAACCUUGGAGCAGGCCCGUACACUACAGAUCUUCCUGACCUCUGUAGAACAAUGUGAGAGCUGGCUCAACAACAGUGAAGCCUUCCUGUCUAAUCAGGACCUCGGGAGCUCAGUGACAGAGGUAGAAACACUGCAGAGGAAGCAGAUUCAGUUUGAGGAAGCCCUGGAGGCUCAGGGAGACCAGCUGGACCAGGUAGAGAAGCUGGCCCAGGAGAUGAUCCAACAAAAGCACUAUGAUGCCAACAACAUCAGAGCAAAGAGCAAAGCACUGACCACCAGGCGGAGUCAGUUGCAGCGGCAGAGUAGAUCUCGUUACAAAGCUCUGGAUCAAUCCCUCCAGCUGCAGCAGUUCUUGUCCAGCAGCUACCAGGUAUGUGUGUGGCUGAAUGAGCGUAACGCCAUAGCACUGGAUGAAAACUGGAGGGAACCAAACAACCUUCAGGCAAAGCUGUUAAAACAUCAGAGCUUUGAAGCAGAGAUCCUCGGCAACCGCUACAGGGUGGAAACCCUCACUAAGGAAGGAGAGAAGCUGCUGUCUGAGUCUCUGUCUGCUGAAGGAAAGGUUCGACCUCGACUCAGAGAGCUGACUGACAGCUGGGAUACUCUGAUCCACAACGGCAAGGAGAAGAAAACUAGACUGCAGGAGGCCUACCAGGCAUUGCAGUUCCAGCGUUCAUUGGAUGACAUGGAGCAGUUCGUGGCGUCAGUGGAGAGGGAGCUGGCCAAUGAGGACUGUGGCAGUGACCUACCCUCUGUGAACAGACUGCUGAAGGAACUGCAGGGGGUGGAAGAGGAGAUGGAUGGACACCAAGACCGAAUCCAGGGUCUGGUGGACACAGCAAAGAGCUUCCACUCUCAGGGUAACUUCCUGGCUGAGGAGAUUCAGACCAGAGUGGCACACACCAUCAACAGGUACAACAGUCUGGCGCAGCCCCUGCAGAGACGUAAGGAGAACUUGGAGGCCUGGCAAGUCCUGUUCCAGUUCUACAGAAAUGUGGAGGAGGAAACGGCCUGGCUGAAUGACAGACUGCCCUCCAUCACUGCCAAAGACUUGGGCAGCUCCCUCAGCAGUAGCCAGCAGCUGCUCCACAAGCACCAGACCUUGAUGCAGGAGAUCUCUGGACGCAUGCCAUUGGUCCAAGCAGUUCAGGAGGCGGGGCAUAGUCUGGUCAGGGGCCGACACUUUGCAUCUCACGAUAUCCGGGAGCGUCUGGAGGACUUAAAGAGUCUGCAUGAGAAGCUGACGGUAGAGGGUGAGAAGAAAGUGAAACUACUGCAGGAGGCAGUCAGCAUACAUGCCUUCCUCACAGAGGUUUCAGAGCUCCAACUGUGGUUAGAGGAGCAGCAGGUGGGUUUAGAGUCUCGAGACUGCGGGAGGAGUGAGGAGGUGACGGAAGCUAUGCUGAGGAAAUUGGACUCUGUGGCUGUAGAACUGGACAACCAGAGGAGGACAGUGGAGAAGCUGCAGGAGAACGGUGCAUCGUUGCAACACCUUAGACACCCCAAGAGCCACCUGGUCAGUGAGUCUCUCCCAGCUGUCGUUGAAUGUUUUGAGAUGCUCCUCAGACUUUCUGCAUCCCGUCGUGCCGCUCUGGAAGAUCAGCUCCGUCUCUAUGUGUAUGAGAGAGAGGCUAAAGAACUCCAAACAUGGCUGACCUCCAAGAGAACGAUGGUAGAGUCCACCGACUGUGGACAAGAUCUGGAGAAUGUGGAAGUCCUUCAGAAGAAGCUGGAGGUUCUGGUUUCAGAAGUUUCCGGUUUGGGUCGCAGCCGACUGACCUCAGUACAGCAGCUUGGCCGAGGGCUGCAACAAGACGAUCAGGCUCGCAGGAGGGAUGAUGCACUCAGCAGGCUGUGGGAUGAGCUCAACAGUAGCAUAAGGACCAGAGAACAGAAUCUGCAGGCAGCAAGGGAGAUUCAUCAGUUUAACCACGAUGUGGAAGAACUGAAGGGCUGGAUGGCUGAGAAGGAAGCAGUACUGGACUCAGAGGACCUGGGCCACGACCUGCAUUCCAUCCAGACUCUGAUGAGUCAACAUGAAGCAUUGGAGAGGGACCUGGUUCGAAUCUCUGAGGAAGUAACCAGGAGUAGAGAAGUAGGUCGCACACUGAGCAAAUCCCAGCCUCAGGCCAGGUCCUCUGUGACUCAGCGGCUGGAUGACCUAGAGGACUGCUGGACCAGUAUCCAGGACAAGGCCUCCCUACGACGGGCCAGACUGGGCCAGGCAGAAGAUGUGCAGAAAUACCUUUCCCAGUGGACUGAACUCAUGGCGUGGCUGAAGGAGAUGCUGUCUCUGGUGAGAGGGGAGCCUCAGAGUGGUGAGGGAAGUGACCUGGAACAGCUCAUUAAAAAGCAUGAUGAGUAUCGCGUCCAGAUUGACAGACAACUAAUCAAAUCACAGGCCGUCAAACAGAAAGGAAGUCGUCUGAUUGAGGACGGAAACUUCAUGUCUGAGAAGGUGGAGCAGCGUAUCUGUGAACUAGAGGAGCUGGAGAUGCGGGUGGAGAAGGUUUGGGAGGAAACCAGGCUGCUGUAUCAGGAGGAUCUGGAGAUUGUCCUUCUGCAGAGAGAGCUGGAGCAGGCUGAGCGCUGGCUGAGCUCCUAUGAAAGCACUCUGAUGGCUGAGGAAUACGGGGAUUCUGUGUCUGACGUUAUGGAGCUCCUUAAGAGGCAGGAGGACUUGGAGGCCAUGAUCCAGGCCCAGAGUGAUCGUUUCAUUGCACUUCAGAAAAAGAAAACACAGAGGGAAAACAGGCUGGGUCUUCAUGGAAAUGAGGAGAAGGACCUCCAGUACAGACAGCCUCCAGCUAGAGUUUCCUCCCUGAGAAGUAAACCAUCAGAACUAAAGACCCCACGGAUCUCCUCUAGAGACGUUCAUGGCAGGCAGACAGACAGAACAAUCAGACCAUCCGUGCUGGAGAAGAAAGCAGAAGCUGUCUCUAGUUCUCCUAGCCCUCUUCUCAGCCCACCACUAGGACCUGGAUCAGAUUCAAAGAUUAUUAAAAAAGCAGAAUCGGCUGACAGCUCUGAUGAGUCCGAUGAGUCCAGUCCCAGCCCGACAGUUAACGCCGGGAGAAGGCAAAUCAAAAAUUCACACCUAAAUUCUAACACUCCCCUUGGAGAAUCAGCGGAUUCCUCUUCACAACCGCCUCCUCAGUCCCAUUCACUAAAAGAGACUCGGCCUAGGUCCAAACCACCUGUGGCUCCAAAGCCCAGAAUUUCCUUUUCAGAGCAGGCGUUUGGCUGCCGCUCUGAUUCUCCGAACCUUCCAGAGAAACCCACCACUCCACCAAACUCACCUUCAGCAAUCAGACGACUUGUUGCCCCCACUGAACCGCCACCACCUCCACCUGUGAAAGAAAGAUGUAUUCGCCCUAAAUCACCAACAUCAAGGCAGCCCGAUGUGCCUGGCUCUCCUGCUCCACCUGCUGCUGAUCACAUUACACCACCCAACGCCCCGACGGCUGCACCAAUCACAAAGGAGGAUAAGACACCUCAACAAAAGUCUUUAGAUCUAGCAGAGGGGCAACCCGAACCUGAGGUCACACCUGGGGAGCCAAUCAGAAUGGAGGGCGUGUUGGAGAUUAAGCUGAAACAAGGAGGAAACAAGGGUCUGGAGCACUGGGAGGAGGUCUUUGCUGUUCUGCAGGGAGAGACUCUCAGCCUGUUUAAAGACACAGCAGCUGCUGCACAGAGGACAUCUAGGUGGCCUCCUAUCAACGUAGUUGGAGCAGUUUGCAGGGAGAAUCGCUACUACAGAAGCAAGGAGAACACUUUCAGACUAAUACUGGAGGAUGGCAGUCAGUAUGUAUUUACAGCAUCAAGCAAGGAGCUCCAGCUCAUCUGGAUGAAAAAGCUCCAGAACUGUCCAGAAUCUGCCAGCAGUGACUCUGACGACUCUGGGAGAGCGUCAUCUGUCAACCUCAGUUUGGAGAAGCUGGCUGAGUCUCCAGAUGAUUCCUCAUCAACCAAACCUCUCAGCAGGAGAGCUGAGAGCCUGGAGAGACAGUUAUCCUCAGAGGGCCAACCUCCACCCAAACCUCCCCAUACCUACUACAGCAGACAUAACUAUCCUGAUGGAGGGGAGGUCAGGACGGCAGAUCCACAGAGUCUCCAAAGCCAGCCGUCAGUGCCUCCUCCUGCUUCUCCUGACCCCCAGGACCCGCCAGCUGUGAGCCCCCAAGUAAUAGAGGACCCUGUGAACAAAGACAAGCCAAAAAUGAACGUCUUCAGAAAGUUUUUUUCUAAGAAGUAACACUUUGGUUUCCAUCCAUAUAUCUUGUGAUGCUGUCCAUCUCAGUCUCGUUUCAGAUUUGGAAUAUUUUUGUUACCAUCAACAAUAAGGAUACAAAGUCUUGACAUGACUCUGCAUGAAGUUUCAUAGAAAUCACAUCAUAUACCAAAUACAGAUUUUCUUUUACAAGUACCUCCAGCAAAUGAAAGGAGGUUAUGCCCAGCACAGACGAAAUGAUAAAGUAACGGCUCAUACCACUACUAGAUUUGUGAUUGGCUGCUUAUUUUCCAUAUUUGCUGAUUAUCUGCUAGCAGCUGUGCAACCCACCUCCAGCCCAGCUCCUCUUUUUCAUAUUGUCUGACUUAAUCUGUGCUUCUCUGUACUGUACUGGGUCUUACUGCUGCUCUCCCUGUCUCUGUCAUUCUGUGUAUACACAUGGAAAGGUAACGUAAAUAACUGCAAAUGAAAAUACCAUAAUCUUCUUUUACUAUAGAAGUUCUAACUAAAGUAGCAAUCAAGUACAAAAAAAACCCCAGCAAAAAAAAAAAAAAACUCCUUAAGAGAUUUUUGGAGAAGCACUUUAUGCCAUGGCCACAGUAAGGAAGGAUUUGAAGCAGCCAGCAGGUCAGCAGUUCUACAGACAGAUGUUAAUGAUGUGUUUACAUCACCUCUAAUGAGAAUCUGCUCUCGGCCUGAUCCCAAACAGUUUAAAGUGACUCCAUGUGAAGACUUUGACUGCACGACAUGAUCACUACUUUAUCAAAAUUGACACUUGCUCUCAUACAGAAUGAUUGACAGCAAAUCAAUUCAAGCAAAUUUGUCACAUUUAACUGGAGAAAAGAUUCGCGAAGAUAUCGUUCAGCAGAGAUGACGCUCUGCAUUUUCACACAAAGAACUUUGGCUAAUGAUUCAACUCCAUUUAUUUAUUAAUGAGCAACAAAUCCAAACAUCUCCAGUCUCAUUUUCUCCUCCAUUCAAUCAGAUCAAUAAGUGAAUCAAUAAAAAUAAUGAGUCAGAUUGAAACUUGAAGAAAUCAUUUGGCAAAAGAAAUUAAACUCAGUUGAAGUGUUAAAGUGAGAGUCAUUCAAUAAAACUGAAUCAAAAACGUGAUGUAACUUCAUCAUUUAUCUGUAUCUGUUUCUGCAGAUCAGACUUCGACAAUGUUACUUAUCUUUUUCUGUAUUUGUUUGAUUGCUCUAAGAUUGUUUAUUGAUGUGUUUGAAUUGCUUUAAUAAAAUGUAUCCAU